AUGAGGACGCCGUUGUUGGCGUUCCUACCUCUGAUCGCAGCUAUGCGUGUCGAUCCUGAGCGAAUAGCGGCACGACUGAGAAUUGAAGCUGAGGAGGUCGCCGACAACCACGCCACCAUACGAAGUGAACGGCCACGGCGGCAGCUUCAACCGAAAGAAAUUAGUAUACAGGUGACGGCACCGCUCUUUUCUUCGCGGCUUUUUGAAUUUGGAAAAGACGCCGAAGAUAACGAAGUGCCACAGGCGCUCGAUGUUGGAAAGAAAGUGCAACUGACAAAUCCUCUCAACUUCUACGGAGAAGACUAUAACACUAUUUAUGUGCUCUCAAACGGUGCUAUUGGAUUCGAAGCAAAUUCGCGAACCUAUAAAGCUGGACUUUUUCCGAGUGGUGCCAGGAUGAUCGCGCCGUUCUGGAACAGAAAUGACUUGAGGAAAGGUGGUCAUGUCUACUAUAGAGAGGUGACCAAAGGUAGAGUCUUAGAGCGAGGUCAGAGCGAGAUUCGUUACCAGUAUGACCGAUCGGUUCAUGUUAAGUCGGCUGUGGUCGUCACAUGGGAGAAAAUGCAGCCGCUUGAGGGUACUUCGGCCUUGCCAGAAGAGGUUUCUGUUGAAUUUUUGGCUCUAUUUCAGAACACCAACACAUUUCAAGCAGCUCUAUUUAUAACAGACAACGGUACAUACGCGAAUUUCAUCUACAGCAACAUCGGAUGGACCCAAGGAGCUGAGGCCGGUUUCAACCGAGGUGACAACUCCGAGUAUUACGCAUUGCCCACUUCGGGCACCGGAAAUAUCAUGUAUUUGGAGGAGUACGGUAACACGGGCAUUCCCGGAGAGUGGAUGUUCGAACUGGGUGAACAGCGCGUCGCACGUUGUAAGCAGGGAAUCAAAGGCGACACCUGCGAUGAAGAAUGCGCUUUUGGUGAAUGGGGAGCAGACUGCGCGCUGUGCUGCCACUGUGGGGAAGGCACCUGCCAUCCGCUGACCGGUGAAUGUCCGAAGGGUUGUGCUGAAUGCUGGACGGGAGGAAAUUGUCAGACAAAGAAGGAGAAUUGUAAUGCACGUGCUUCUACUCAAUGUGCUUCAAACGCCAUCUCCUUUACCGACUACGAUCGAUGUGGCGAGUCCAUACAGAGAUGUCAAUGUUUAUCCGGCUUCACUGGCGAUGGAUACAAAGGCUGUCAUGACAUCGACGAAUGUCGAGAUCAGGUCUGUCAUAAGAACGCAGCCUGCACGAAUACACCCGGACGCUACUUCUGCCAAUGUCAAGAGGGUUUCUCAGGCGAUGGAGUAUCUGAAUGUGUUGCAUCUUUUUUGUUCCCAUCAGACACCCACCAGUCGUUACCAAAAACCAAAACAUCAAAGCCUUGGUUAAAUGCUUUAUUCGUUUAUAUUUUAUUCGGUUUUCAUUAUUUUUUUGGUAAUAAUGAAAAGAACAGUAUGUUGAAGGUAACGACAUCUGGGCUGUUGUCGUUGACGGAUGUGCCAAAGUCCAUCGGUGACAAGUUGGAAGAACUGCACGUAACUGGAGUAGCACCGUUCUUUGCUCCUAUCGACACCAGCAGAGGUGGACAUGUGACGGUCGCUGAAGUCACCGACUCGGACACUCUAACGCGAGUUACUCGCGCCAUCCAAGAAAGUUUUGUGGAGCCGUCGUUCCAAGCCAGAAGCGUUCUCAUUGUUACCUACAUGAACGUCACCGAUGGAAAGUCACAAAAGAGCAACACCUUCCAAACAUUAUUGAUCAACGGAAAGAAUAGUAAGAGGGAAAGAAUGACAUUCGCUCAGAUGCUCUACAAAGAAAUGCAAUGGAGUGGUGGCGCUGAGGCUGGCAUCGUUCUUAAUGACGUCUCGUCAUCCAUAACACUUCCCGGGUCUGGUACUCAAGGUAUAGAGCAGCUCACUCAACUCAGCAAUGUCGGCCAUCCAGGAAUAUGGCUGUUCAGAAUCGAUGAACCCUCCAUCCAACCGUGUCCACUGGCAGAUCAACAACCACCUUAUUGUCAGAAGAAGGCACUACAUAAUAAUCGAACUCAUCCAUCACGAACUAAUCAAAAUUCACUUGUUUCACUGGAAGAGCAAGACUUCGAGGAGCUCGAACCGGAUGUCUUCGAAUUGACCAUUCCACCAUUCAUUACAGCCGUUCCAGAGAUGUUCACUCCGAAAGAAAAACUGAAGCCGUUGCCCGACUUUACAUUGCAGGUGACUUCUCUAACCAAAAAUUGGCACAACUAUUUUAAUUUGAGCAUUUUACUCUCAGCAUACAUGAAAUCCUUGAAACGUACAUUGGUGUGCGCUGAAGAAUUUACCAUUGCUGUCAUAUGUUGUGUGUGUAGAGUUGAAAUCUUGCAGGAAACCUCGGCGACAAUAAAGUCAUCUACCGUGGAACUGACGUUCCCCACGUUCCCCACCUUUAAACUCUCCGAUGUGGAAGAGAUUCCUAGCACUAUGACGAGCAUUAACUUCCGAUCCGAAGGUACCUCUGGGAAAACCGGUUCUCUACCUUCGAUCACUGACGAGCUGCAAACUGGACAAGAUAUCUUAAAAAUGAUAAAUGAACUGAACACCACCAGUGGCCUCUCGAGCGAGUUUCUACCUGAGUUUACUGACAAGGAUCUAAUAUUGGGGAAGGUAAUCUUUUUCCUUUCCAUUAAUAUGACGAACUACAAUGAACAUGAGCAUUCAGUUUUUAAAACUGCUGCUUGA